GCAAUAGAAUACUUUGUUUGGUAGGAAGCGAGAGACGGGCGCGUCAACAUAACCCUUCGUAAUUACUCAACUCGCCCUCAGCAUCCCACCGUGUGCUUGGCUUUACCUCCACUGGGCAUGCAGGCUCACAUGAUAGUCGUCUCUUUGCUGAAAUUCUUUGCUGUGGUGUAGAUAUGUAGGUAAACGUCUACGUGUGGUGUCCAUGACAUUAAGGGCGCCGCCCACGCCCCCACACACUGGCUGCCCCUUCUCUUGUGGUCUGUGGCAGUACAAGUGUUCCCUCGUGACGUCUUGCACGUUUUUUUUUCUGGAUACCUGGAGUUGUCAAAUAUUCAAAGAUGUUUGGGAAGACUCUUGUCCUAAGCCUGCUCUGCCUUGCCCUUGCUGAGGACUUUUAUGAGCUGCUAGAUAUUCCAAGAAAUGCUGACCUCAAGGACAUAAGAAAAAAGUUUAAAGAAAAGGCACUCAAGCACCAUCCUGAUAAAAAUAAGGAUGAUCCAGAGGCACAUGAAAAAUUUGUGCGAAUUAACCGUGCUUAUGAGGUCCUUAAAGAUGAAGAUCUGAGGAAGGUGUAUGAUCUCCAUGGUGAAAAAGGCUUGGAUGGAGGAAGCUCAGGAGACAAGUAUCAUUCAUGGAAUUAUUACCAUGACAACUUCGGCAUCUAUGACGACGACCCAGAAGUCAUAACCCUCAAUAAAGCAGAUUUUGAGCAAAGUGUGAUGGGAUCUGCAGACAUCUGGUUCAUCAACUAUUACCACCCAAUGUGUUCACACUGUCACACACUGGCCCCAGUGUGGCGUAAAGUGGCUCGUGAGUUGGAAGGAGUGGUCAGGAUUGGGGCAGUGAACUGUGAUGAUGACUACCACUUGUGCUCCUCCCAAGGCAUACGCUCCUAUCCCACACUCAUAUCCUAUCCAGGAAGAGUUCAGUACAUGCAAGACAAAACAAAGAGGCACUUGGUGAACUACAUGCUGCAUCAAGUGAAGUCCUCAGCUGUGAGUCUCAAACAAAGAAGCUUCAAGGACACACUUGCCAAACAGGAGUUUGCAGACAAGCCCUGGAUUGUCUUCUUCUACGAGUUCUUUGAUGAAAAAGAGGAAUCCUGGGCGUUGCAGACCAAACUUAGUGCAAUAUUUGAUGGGUUAGUUACUGUGGGCUUUGUGGAAUGCUAUAAAGAGGAAGAUCUCUGCACUAAGCUUGGACUACACUCUGGAUUGAAGUUCUUUGAUGUUGCUAAAAUAGAAGCUGGAGAAGGCACCAAAAUAACAAGUUUAGAUGCUCAAGAAAUCACUAGGGAGGUUCUGAACUUUCUACCCGAGAUGAAGUUGCUGGAUGAAGAAAAUUUCAAGGCAAUACGUUCAAGGCUUGAGUUUCAUGAAGAGAGUGUGUCAUGGCUCAUCCAGUUCAGUGGUGACAGUGAUGACGAUGUGUCGGAGAUCCGCAAGCUGCCUGCACUGCUGCCCUCAUUGAAUCUUGGAAGAAUAAAAUGUUCUGAGAUGAAAAAGUAUUGUGAUGACCUCUACAUCGGGAAGACACCAACAUUUAUGCUUUUCAAACCAGGUGGAGGAUAUGAGGUUCACCAUGGGAGGCAGUUGGCUCAUGACAUCGCGGUGUUUGCCCGGGAAGGAGCUUCAGCUCCAAGGUUUCAGAUCUUGACACCCCAGAAAUUCCCAAAGGUUCUGAAUGAUGGGUCAACUUGGUUUGUGGACUUCUAUGCCCCAUGGUGCCCCCCAUGCAUGAAGCUACUGCCCGAGUUUCGCAAGGCCAGUAAACUAGUUAGCACACCAAUAAACUUUGGGAGUAUUGACUGUACACUGCAUCAAGAUCUGUGCUCCAAAUUCAACAUCCACCAGUACCCCACCACCAUCCUAUACAACCAAAGUGUUCCCCACCAAUACUAUGGCUACCACACUGCUGCAGAAAUUGUUGACUUUAUUAAAGACACUCUGAAUCCAGUAGUUGUAGAACUUGACAGUUCAAAGUUUGAAAAGCUCAUAAGCAAGAAGCCCCAAGGGGAGAUAUGGGUGGUGGAUUACUUUGCUGGAUGGUGUGGACCCUGCCAAGACAUGGCCCCUGCAUACAGGAAGUUUGCCCGCAUGAUGAUUGAUCACCCGUUUGUGCAUGUUGCAUCCAUAGACUGUGCACAGCAUUCUGAUGUUUGUAGGCAGCAAAAGAUCAACAGCUAUCCAUCUAUCAAGCUCUACCCAGCAUCAGGCUUUGGAGUACAAGCAGCUGUUCAAUAUAACUGGCAGUCAAGAAGUGCAGAGUCUUUUCGACAAUGGACCUACACCAACCUUCCCUCACUAGUGGAGGAGCUAGACCCACACAAGUUUGAAAGGAUGCUUCAGAGUACUGAACCAUGGCUCAUAGAUUUCUAUGCCCCAUGGUGUGGUCACUGCCAUGCCUUUGCUCCAGAAUUUGAGGAUAUUGCAAAGGCUCUUGAGGGCAAAGUCAAGACUGGAAAGGUGAAUUGUGACCUUCACAAACAUGUGUGUCGAUCUGCAAGAGUUGACGCAUACCCUACAGUAUUCCUAUACCGAGGUUCACAAACUGGGCACCAACAGAGUCCUCGUGGCAUGGAGUUUCCAUCUUUGAACAAAGAGGAUAUUAUAAAUACAGUUCCUCGAUGGUUACCGAAAGACAGAAGACAUGAUGAAUUGUGAUGCAGAAACUCUUUAUAAGUAUUGUAAAGUCAUUGACAAUGUGUACUUUUCUUUUAUUUUUCUUGCUUCAACAGAAAGUGGUGCUAAUAUAUGUUUUCCUUACUGUUAGUAUAAUAUUUUGUUCCCUCUUGAAUUCAUACUUGUUUGUAAGUAAUCUCCACAAGGAAUGAGUCAUAUUUUAUUGCUAUGCUCAGUUUGCGCGCACACACACACACACACACACACACACACACACACACACUCACUCACUCACUCCAAGCAAAGCUAACAGCUUAUUCUUCAAACCCAAAACUUGAAUUUUAUGUUCAUGGGUAUUUGUUAUCUGGCCAAUUAUUUUACAUAUGUACCAGGCAGCAGGGUAAUGCACAUGUUUUCAGCUUGAUUGAUAAAAUAAUUAACAUAAAAGUAUUUGAUGCUAUGUAUUUUGUCAGUGGUCUUAAGAAAUCUUCAUUGAAGAAUCAGUUUUAACAGUGCCACCUGACAUGGUUUCUGUGUCUGUUCAACAGUGGCAGCUAUAACACUCCUCUUUUGUAAACAUGACAGAAUGUCUAGAAUUCAAAAUUUCAGUAUAUAUAUCAGUUUUGAGUUGCACAUAGUGAAAUGUAUUGAAUUUAAGAAAAGAGAGGUGACACACUUAUCUUGAACUUUAGUGUAUCCUAUAAUAUAGUAGUGCACCUUGAUAUUGUAUUUAAAACAAAUGAUUAGUGCCAACCACCAUGUGAUAUGGACUACUUAGGAAAGAAGAGCUCUGAUGAAUAUGACUAAGUUUGCAGGUUUUUAAACAAAAUAUUGAAUCCUGACCUGUUAAUAUAUUUAGUAAUUGGUCUGAACUUCAUUUGAAAUGAUCUAGUAGUACUUUCAUGACAAUUUUUUUUUCUAUUCUAGAGCACCAAUGCUUUGAUUUCUCUUAAAAAAUACAACUAGCUGUGCUUAUUGGCAUUGCAACAGUUGUUGGAUAUAAGGAAGAGGAGAAGUCCAUGAAUGCAAUUUAAAGCUUUAAAUCUUUCAUUUGAUGACAGCAUUCUUUACCUCAAAGGUAGGAAGAGACAGUUCCUUCGAAUUUCUUUUUUCUCAUUUUUGCGAAUCUCACAUUCUAAGCAUAAUUCAUGGAACUUAUGUACACUCAUGUUUUGGCAAAAUAUUUUAUUUAUUGCAUAAUUAUAGCAUCUUCUGAUAUUAAUUUAUACUCUUCUCCUGAAGCUGAGAAAUGUUCCUUUUAAACUUAAGAUUUCAAGAUUUAGUAGUGUGUAAAUUAAAAUCAGUUUAACAAUAGUUUCAUAAUUCAAUUGAUCAAAAUGUGAUUUCAUCAUGUUACUCAAGUUGGCACCAGAUAGAGUGAGAGUGAAGCACUCUGCACCAGCCUCAGUUUUCAGUGGUUGUUUUUUACCUACUUACACACCUGUUGUGAUACACCUGUGCGAUCAUGAAUGAUUGAAAUGUGAGUGAAAGGAAGAGUGCGAGAAAAAGAAUUCAAUCAUUAUGACAUUUUAUGCGUAUGAUGACUUUUUGCAAUAAAUGAAUUAACCAGA